AUGAUCCGAUUUCGAUUGAACAAGACCAGGCAAGACUCUCAUCGUGGUUUGCAUCGUUCAUCUGGGCAGCAACAAAAGCUCGUGAUGCUCUGCAAGUUUGCCGAAGCUGCAACGUUGAUCGCCGGUGGCAUGUCAUUUGACGAGGUUCGGUGUGUUCAAGCAGAUCAUGAAAGCCAAAAAAAGAAAGCAUUCCCCGGGGGAACGAAUGCCGAAGAGAAGCGGCAAAGGUGCAGGGCAAAGGUGCAGGGCGACAGCUCAGAGUCAACUUUGCUGCAAGAUGAUCAAGAGUUGGUCAUUCCGAAUGCUCCUUAG